AAAAUGCCAUUCACCCAUCACAGCCAUUCCGGCCAAUUCUGUCCAGGCCAUGCAAAAAACUCUCUCGAAGAGGUCAUCCAAACGGCCAUUGCGAGGAAUAUGGAAUUGCUGUGUUUGACAGAACAUAUGCCUCGUGGGAAAGAGGAUUUCUAUCCGGAAGAGAUUGAAGCCGGAGAUACAGAAGAAAGCCAAGUUGCAAACGAGGCCGCAUUCUUCAAAGAAGCGUCCCGGCUCCGUGAUAAAUAUGCAGACCAUAUUAAGAUCAUCAUCGGGUUUGAAACAGACUGGAUCCGCCCGUCAUCUCGGACGUUAAUUGAGCGGUCCCUAGCUGCGCAUCCCUUUGAAUUCUUCGUAGGCUCUGUGCAUCAUACUCGCACCGUCCCCAUCGAUUAUGAUCGGGACAUGUACGUCCAGGCACGUGAGAUCGCCGGCGGGUCCGAUGAGCGACUGUUCGAGGAUUACUUCGAUGAGCAGCUGGAUAUGUUGAAACAGUUGAAGCCGCUUGUUGUGGGACAUUUUGAUUUGAUACGGUUGAAGAGCGAUGAUCCUGACGGGAGCUUUACAAGGUUCCCUGGCGUGUGGAAGAAGAUCGUGCGGAAUCUGGAGUUUGUGGCGGGGUAUGGAGGGAUACUGGAGCUUAAUUCUGCGGCGCUACGGAAGGGGAUGAGUGAGCCUUAUCCCAAGGCUGAGAUAUGCAAGGAGUUCCUGAAACAUGGCGGCCGUUUCUGUCUCUCUGAUGACAGCCACGGGGUGGAUCAGGUAGGGCUAAAUUUCUACCGUGUUCUCGCAUUCCUGGAUACUGCUGGAAUUACUACAUUGCAUCACCUAGAGGUCGUGGAUGGCCCUUCUGCACAUACGGUGGUGGAUAGUCGGUUUCCUCGCACUCAGAUCAGGGCAGUCCCAGUUGACGAGCUGAAAAAGUCGGCAUUCUGGCAGGGCUAGCUGCAUCUUGCUGCCCGAAGCAAUGAUAGAGAGCUUUUGUUCAUAGACCAAAAUUACAUUCCGAGUUUAUAGAUGAUACAUGAUACACUAGCUCUGAGGUCCGGCCAGCCAUAGAAGGAAGACCAGGUAGAGCUACUUUGCU